AUGAACGCGGUCGCCGAUCAGCACGCUGUCGUCGAAAGCGCCCGCAAUAUCGAACAUCGCGUCGCUGUUGCGUCCGAUCAGGAAGGUCCGAUAGUCCGGUGCCCACUCCAGGCCCUGCCGGAUCGCAAAAAGCCCCGAAGGAUUCGAAUAAUACGCCGGAACUAUGCGCCGGGAGAUAAAUUUGCGCUGCUUUUGCACGGUCACGAUCUGAGCAGGAUCGAGGAAGUAGUAGAAAGGUUCCAUGCCGGUAUAGGUCACGACGCGGCGGCCCGCCAGCAUUCCAUGCCGAUGAAGAAAAUGCACAUACGGGAUGAAGUUGUUCAAUUCCUCGCCGAAUUCGCCCUCGAACUACAACAAGACAAGGGCUUCGCCGAACUCAUCGCCUCCAUCAGUCUGGCUCGGAAUAUUGCAAUCGUCGGAAGCGGGCCGAGCCUGAAAGGUGCCCGGCAGGGAGCAAAGAUCGAUGCCCAUGACCUUAUAGUGCGGACCAACUUCCCCCCCAUAGGAGGAGUUUUCGCCGAAGACGUCGGCUCUCGGGCGGAUAUAGUUUUCAACUGGCGCCCGCCAACAGAUUACAAAAUCAGCGAGGCGACUUCCAGGCGCGGGAACGUGCUUUAUCGGGGAGCACUCAUCGUUCAGGCUUCGCCGAAUUUCAACGCACACUAUGCUCCCUUCACGGCCGACGAUCUGGCAACGGUUGGAGUGUCGCGGUUUGCCAGAUUGCCCCCAACGAUCAUGCAACUGAUCCUCGACCUGUCCUAUGCAUAUCCAACCACGGGAUUUAUCGCCAUUGUUUUCAUCGCUCUUCUUCUGGAUCGUCCCGUGUCGAUAUUUGGGUUCGACUUUUUUGAGACUUACGGAAUGCAUUUCUGGAGUUCUAGAAGGAGGCUUCCUUACUCUGAGCACGAGCCGAAGUUCGAGAAGCGCAUGGCGGUGAAUAUGCUGAAGGUUCACUUCGGUGUCGUUUGA